AUGGACAAGCUUAAGACCAUGAUGGACAAAGGAGACGCCGAAGAGAGCACCGGACCAUCUGGUCGAGUGACAGGACAAGGCUCUCAUUUUCCCAAGGGCGAGGAACAGCCUGUGGGUGCCACGACCGCCCCUCAGGAAAAUACCAUGACGGGAGAUACCCUGGGCACAGGGGCAGGACAGACCCAUGAAGCACUGCCAACAGGCCCUGAUCCCGGUACCGCUGCCAUUGGCGAAACCUCGACCUAUAGCUCCCGAACAUUGCGUAAAGGCGAUCCUGUUCCAAAUAUUGUUGACUCCAGGUCCGAAGACCCCACCACGUAUCGCGCUCCGGAACACUCAUACGUGUCAAGCACGGGCGUGCCAGAGGAUGGUCCUUUGCGCGCCGCAGCUUUGGCAUUCCACAAGGACAAAGAUUAUAGUACUUCUCAUAUCCCAGGAGCAUUCCCCAAUGACAUAUCAGCCCAUGAUGCCACUACAAUCGCUCCUCCCGACCUAACUACGACAACAUCACCAGCCCAACGAUCUGGGGUCUAUGGUGAGGCUGAGAAGACCAAGGUACCUGACGCGGCUGCUGCAGCUCAGUACGCAACAAAAUCAGCCCCGGGAGCUCAAGAUCCAGUGUCGGAAGAGCCCAGGAAAUCUGGGACAAUCGGCAAGAUCCUUGGUGCGGUGGGCCUAGGCACUGCUGCUGGUGGUGCUGCCGCCGCUACUUCGAGGGCAGAGGAGAAGCAACCACAUGCCAUCGCAGACACUCCUGAUCAGCCCACUACCACCACUGGUGUCGAUUCCUACACCGCACCGAGUCGCUCAGGGCCUGCUCCAACCCAUCACAGGAAAGAAAGUAUUCCCACUACAGCUUACCCAGCAGGUGCAGAUUCUCCUGCGCCGAUCAAUGCGCCAGUCGGUGGUACAUCAGCCCUCGUAGACCAGGACCGAGAAGAUCAUACAGGUCGAAAUGUAGGACUGGCUGCAGGCGCCGCAGGUGUUGGGGCUGGCGCAGCGGCUUAUGCCAUGCACGAUAGAGACAGAGACACGGCAAGGUCCGACUGGCCGCUUCGGGACGACGCCACUGCUGCAACACCAGCCGCAGCGACCGUUCCCGCCUCAGAGAGCGCUGCCAGGACUGCGCCCUCAAGCCAACCUGCUGAGCAACGUCCCCUUGCGCACGAAGCUGCACCAGCAGCUGGAGCGUCUGUUGUGCCUGAAUAUAGCCAGCGUCAAGACAAGCUAGAGACUCAAGCUCAGAAAGACAAAGCGAAACAAGAGGCCACCCGUGCUGGGGCCACAAGCAUGGAUGGCGGAGCAUCUGUCGCACCCGAAUACACCGAACGGCAGAAUAGGGUCUCAGAGGAAACGGACCGGCGGCGACGUAAUAAGGAAGAAGAAGCGGCGCUCGCUGGAGUGGCAGGUGCCGGAGCCGGAGCGGCUGGGUUGCAUGAAUAUAACCAGCGGCAAGACAGGCACGAGGAAGAAGCUCAGAGACAGAAGGAUCUAGCGGAACAAGAGGCAGCCCGCCAGAAGCAGUUCGAAAAGGACCAGAAGGCAGCCGAAAAGCAAGCCAAGAAGGAAGAGAAGCAACAUCAGAAGGAGCUCAAGAAGGAAGAGAAGCAACAUGAAAAGGAGCUCAAGAAGGAAGAGAAGCAACACCAGAAAGAGAUUGCAAAGGAAGAGAAGGCCCAGGAAAAGGCUGCAGAGAAGGACGAAAAACAGCGUCGCGAGGAACUCGAACACGAGCAAAAGGAACGCGAGAAAGCUGCGGCCGCCACCGCCGCUGUAGGUGCCGGUGCAUAUGAAGUGCACGACAAGGACAAACAUCCGCCUCCUACAACGGCGACCGAUGAAUCAGGUCACACGAAGCUUCACAAGGAUCCACCGGAGGAGAAGAAGCCGAGUCUUUUGAAACGAAUCUUCAAGCGCCGCAAGAACAAGGAUACCGGCGAAGAAGAGGAAUACGAGGAUCACGACAAUAAUCAAGAGCCUGAGGCCGAGCAUGGGGAUCAUCAUCUUGCCGAAGCUGGAGUCGCGGCGGGAGGCACAGGUGCUGCCGUGGCUGGGACUGCUGCUGCCGCAUCUCACGAGCCAGCUCCAGCAGCAAGAUCCUCCUACGAGGCACAAAGUGGCGGUCUUCAGAAGCCAUCAUACAAUCCCUUCUCCAAGGACGACCCAGCACACUACGCGCAGCCCACAGCAUCCAGCAGCACCGCGCCCACCAGCGGUCUCUCUGCAACAGAAGCCGCUGCUACUCACCCCGGACAGAGCAGCGUCGAACCCACCGCCAUCGACCCUGCAACCACAACCCAGCGAGACGUCCCCUAUAACCCGGCCCAUGACCCUUCGAGCCAGAACCCUGUUUCGGACCAAGGGGGAAACAUUCGUUAA